GAAAGCUGUGUUUUGUGGAUUACAAAGGGGCAAAUUGGGAAUGUCAAUAUCAGAUAGACAUUUUCCCCAAACCCGCUUUUUCAUCCCCGCGUUUCUCUCUCAUAAACCCACAACCAUAAUCUUCUGAAACAAAUCUCUGUGUUUCUCUCCCUCUUUCUCUUAGGGUUUUCAGAAUUUGAUUUCCUACUAAGUUCAUGAAAUCUGGAUUUUAAUUUCCUCAAUAUUGUUUUAGUUUCUUCUAGAUCUGGUUGCACGUUCUUCAAUGUCUUCGCUGCUCGAUGUUUUUUAUAAACUAAUGUUUAUCUCAAGUCGUUUACUUGUAUCAUCUUUGGUUUUACCUUCCGAAGAUGGUAAUUUGAAAUCGUGUACAGUGAAUAUCUACAUUACAAUUUGGGACUAGUUUUUUGAACCAGUCGUCUUACAACAAAUCAUUAUGAGAAUCCGUAGUGUAAAAUGAGCGAAAAGGAGACUAUGACGAUGAAAACAAAGCCGCCUCUUGUACCACUUGGAACACUGAUUGGUCGUGAGCUUAGGCAUGGGAAUGUGGAGAAACCUACAGUUAAUUAUGGACAGGCGGCAUUAGCAAAGAAAGGGGAGGAUUAUUUCUUAAUCAAACUUGAUUGUCAGAGAAUUCCCGGCAAUCCAUCAACAUCUUUCUCAGUUUUUGCGAUAUUCGAUGGGCAUAAUGGUAUAUCCGCUGCUAUUUUUGCAAAGGAAAAUCUGUUGAACAACAUUUUAAGUGCGAUUCCUCAAGGAUGUGGUCGUGAAGAGUGGCUUCAAGCACUUCCUAGGGCAUUGGUUGCAGGAUUUGUGAAAACUGACAUAGAGUUUCAACAGAAAGGCGAGACAUCUGGUACAACUGUGACAUUUGUUGUAAUAGAUGGGUGGACUAUAACUGUUGCUUCAGUUGGGGAUUCAAGAUGCAUAUUGGAUACACAAGCUGGUGUUGUUUCACUACUAACAGUCGAUCAUAGGCUUGAAGAGAAUGUUGAAGAAAGAGAGCGUGUAACAGCAAGUGGGGGUGAAGUAGGACGCCUCAAUAUUUUCGGAGGAAACGAGGUUGGCCCACUUCGAUGUUGGCCUGGUGGGUUGUGCCUUUCAAGGUCAAUUGGUGAUACAGAUGUUGGAGAGUUUAUUGUCCCAAUACCUCAUGUUAAACAAGUGAAGCUCUCAAGUUCUGGUGGAAGACUUAUAAUUGCUUCUGAUGGUAUCUGGGAUGCUUUAUCAUCUGAUACAGCAGCUCAAUCUUGUCGUGGAUUGCCUGCAGAACUUGCUGCAAAGCUUGUUGUUAAGGAGGCUCUUAGGUCAAGGGGACUAAAAGAUGACACAACCUGCUUGGUUGUUGAUAUAAUUCCAUAUGGGUAUCCAGUGUUGCCUCCAACACCUAGAAAGAAACAAAAUCUGCUUACUUCAUUAAUUCCUGGAAAGAGAUUUCAAAACUCUAUGAAUAAAGUUCCAAAUAAGCUUUCAGCAGUUGGAACUGUAGAGGAGCUGUUUGAAGAGGGUUCUGCAAUGCUUGCAGAAAGGUUGGGAAAGGAUCUGCCAUUAGAUUCAAGCACAGGAAUGUUUAGAUGUGCGGUUUGUCAAGCAGAACAGGAGGAGCAAAGUGGAUCUGGACCACUCAUGUUAUGUUCAAAGUGUAGGAGAAAGAAAGAUGCAAUGGAAGGGAAAAGGGCAAGCAGCCUACACACAAUCACAAUAUAAGUAAAACUAAACCUAAAAGUAAAUACUAAUUAAUUAAAAUACAUUCUUUCUCAAUUCUCAUUGGCAGUUGUGUGAGCAUAUGAUGAUGAUCUGUUUUUCUUUUUGUUGUCAUUGUGAUGGUUUACGGAGCAUGUAUGUGUGUGUGUGUUUGUUAUAUUUUGUGCUCUCGGCUAUUGGACUCGCUAAUUAAGAACAAUUAUAUAUAUAUAUAUAGUAGUGUGAUAGGUUUUGAUUGUGAAAG